AUGCAGGUUGGUCGACAGCGCAGGCUGCUCUCCAGCCAGGGCGAUGAUGUGACUGGCUCCCGCACCACAUCCAGGCGUUUGCAGGUAGAGUGCCUUGCGUGCAAGCUGGGGUUGGUGACGGUGGGCCUUUCAAGCCCGCAGGGUGACUGCGCCGACCACCACGGGGGCCGCGACAACAACGGAGGCAGCGUGCGCAGUGCGUUGUUGCACCUCGGCGCCGCGCAGUACGUCAGGCCGCGGCGCUACCCGGGCGUGUCGGCGCCGCCCACUCAAGGACGUCUGUGCCAGAUCGACAGCAUCCAGUGCUACAGGGAGCUGUCUUUCUGGAACUUGUUGCCGUCGCCAUGGCGACCGCCCGCGCGUUGGACCAUCGAGGACCGUGUGCCAGAGCUGGCGACGGCGACCGCAAAGGUGCAUUUCCUGUUCUUCUCCUACAAAGUGGUUGGCCAGCCCGCAAUCUAUAUCCUGUUCAUAUUGUGCUUUCAGGAGCGAACUUUCCUUUACGUCCUGUAUGUGCAGUCCGUGCAGCUCAUUGCUGAGUCCAGCUACCCGGAGACCGCGGUCGUCUGUAGGUGGUACGUCGACAGCGCCGACGACUGCUCUGGCCAGUUCACAGUCGCGUCCGGGGUGGAGCCGUGCGCCACACGGCGGGGCGGCACUGCUGUGAAAGGCAAGUGCCAGUGGUUGAGACUAGCGAAGGUGAAUCGAAUUCUUGUGGCAGAGGAGCUGGAAGACGAUAAAGAAGAUGAGGACAAGGCGGAGCGCUCGAAGGACCUUACCAUGACGCUCACGGCGGACAGCACCCACAUCUGCUACGCGUGCCUGAACCUGGAGCACUACCCCUGCGAGGACACCGUGCUGCCCGCGCAGCUGCCGCUGCAGACGCAGCACGGCGACAGCGUCGUCACCUUGGCGUACGCCAACGUGCUGUUUGCGAGGCAGCCGCGGUACUGGUCGGACAUCCCGCCCGCGCUCUCCGUCGAGGGCUUCUUCGUGCCCCCGCUGACGGGGGACAGCCAG